GUAGAUGCUAAAAAGAAAAAUCUGCAUAUCAGACUUAAAUGAGUUGUGCACUGUAUUUCUUGCUCCCUGUGCAGGCUCUGAGGUGCCUUAAGGGGAGAAAGCGUGUGGAGAAGAGGGCAGACCGACUUUACGCCCAGCUUGAAACUGUAAAGGGUAUUCUUGACAGAAUAGCCCACUCACACACGGACCGUCUGGUGAUGCAAGCAUACCAGGCUGGUGUAGCUGCUCUGCGUCUCUCGUUAAAAGACGUCACUGUGGAGAAGGCUGAAAGUUUGGUGGAUCAGAUUCAGGAGCUGUGUGAUACUCAGGACGAAGUGAACCAGACGCUUGCCGGAGGAGCAUUGGACACAACUGGUGGAGACACAGAUGAGCUGGAGGAAGAGCUCAAGACUCUUUUGGAGGAGUCUGCUCCUGAUGGACAACUGAACCUUCCAGAGGUUCCCUCAGGCCCUAUGCCAACCAGCAGGAAAACGGGUGUUCUUGACGACGAUUUCUUCCUCUCUUUACCCACUGUACCCGACACCCAUUUAAAUAUCACAGACGAGGAGUUGGACAGGGAGCUGAGUCGUCUCAACAUCUCUGGAGCAGCAGGUGGUCAGCAGAGAGGACCUCUCUCACCACUGAAGAAACCAGAGCCAGCCCAGUGAGGCACAAUGAGAUGUCUUAGUCAAUGUAUUAAGCAAUCAAACUACAGUCUAUUGUAUGUUGUUUUUAUUUGUAAUAUGCCUUUAUUCAUGUUUGUAAUGGCAUGUUUGUGAUCCUUUUUCUUUUUAAAUUAAAAGUUUUAAAAGUGGCCUUUUAAUGUCUGUGAAGUGUAUAACUCUAAUAAAGAAUUACAAUUAUGUUGCCAAAAAACUGAUUCCGUGUGACGGAAUCAUCAGUUGUGAUACAGAAUAAAUUGUAUGCAAAUGUGAAA